AGACGUUAAUGUGAAGGCAAGGAGAUUGUCCAUGGAUUCAUUGACAACUUUGCUAAAUAGUUCAUUGAGAAUAUGUGCAGAUUAACUACCUUCACUACUAACAUAUUUUCAUCCACAACAAUUUUACCGAUCAUCGAUGUCUUACGCUGAAGUUGACUACAAUGAUGGAGGAGCUGCAGGUGGACGUGGCGCUGAAUACGAAAGCCGCAACAGCUAUGGUGGCGGAGAGCGUGACAGCUUCGAUGGUGGAGAUCGUCGAGCACCAAAUCGAUGGGACGACGGAGGCCGAGGAGGAGGUAGAGGAGGAGGAGGCUUUCGUGGAGGGCAAGGAGGCGGAGGAAGAGGAGGCUACCAAGAUCGUGGAGACCGUGGGAGCCGAGGUGGCUACGGUGGGGAUAGAGGCAACGGCGGUUUCCGCCAAGAUGAUCGAGUAGAGCUGAAAGAGACAGUUUUUGUGCAGGGAUUGCCCACAACGGUAAACGAAACAUACAUCGCGGACGUCUUCAGCACCGUCGGUGACAUUGCUAAAAAUGACAGGACCGGUGCUCCUCGUGUGCGAAUUUAUACAGACAGAGGAACAGGAGAUGCAAAGGGAGAGUGCGUGAUCACCUUCGUCAGCGCUGAUGUGGCGCAACGAGCCAUUGAGAUGUACGAUGGACAGCCUUUUCCCGGCGGCAAUCGCCCAAUGUCAAUCUCCAUUGCGAAGUUCAGGCCCACAGACCCCAAUUCGCGCGGUGGAGGCUUCCGUGGUGGCCGAGGAGGUGGAGGCAGAGGCGGCUUUGAUGGCGGGUAUGGUGGUCGCGGAGGUGGAAGUGGUGGAGAUCGAGGCGGUUUUCGAGAUGGUGGGUAUGGUGGUCGCGGAGGUGGAGGUGGAGGAGACCGAGACGGUCGAGAUGGUGGGUAUGGUGGUCGCGGAAGCGGCGACAGAGGCCGUGGUGGCGGAAGAGGUGGUUUUGGAGGACGUGGUGGAGGGAAUUCAAAUAUGGAACAGCGCGGUGAUGACUGGCCUUGUGACUCAUGUGGAAAUAACAACUUUUCCUUUCGACAAGCCUGCAAUCAAUGCGGAAAUCCAAGAGGCGGAGGAAGUGCUGGUGGAGGUGCAGCGCGAGACGGACGUGGAGGAUAUGGCGGAGACAGGCACAGACCGUACUGAUCGGUUGUUUACUUGGUCCACAUACUGCAAAAAUAACUGUUUUAAUCAAUGCGUUCAGACUGCAUCAUUGGAGUUGUCAGCUGUAAUUGUUACUUGUAUCAUAAUUAACUUACUCAGUAUUUGUCGUCACGCUUUGUGCACUCUUAUCUCUUGUUGUUACUACGAUUACCUCCUAUAUCUCAGGUAAUGCGAUAAAUGCGUG